ACAGGGAAUGCAGAGAAGAAAAACCAUGAGCAGCUCCACUUGAAAUUACUCAAAAUGUUCACUAACUGUUCAGGUGGCCGGUGGUUCUCGGUGACUUCUGCAUAAUGCAGGCGUAUCCCUGUCUCCAGGCAAUGUUAAAGGCAUUGCUCGUGUGGUGGUUCUUGGGCUGGAUGCAGGGAAAAUGGGUUUCUUGAGAGAAGAAUCUUUCUCGGUUUUCUCCAGUACUUUUCACGUGCUGAGUCCUUUCCAGCACCUCUGUUCCACGAGGUGGCACCGUUCCCUGGGAGACGCUGCUGCACUGCCUGGGCUCAGGGAUGCUGCCUGGCAGAACCCACUUCAGGAGCUUUCUGAAAAUAAAAUGGACGAUGAUGAUGACAUUCCCCAGCUUUCAUCCCAUACAUUGGCUGCCCUCCAGGAGUUCUAUUUGGAACAGCAGCAGAGAGAGGGCAUGAAGACCUCCCAGGGGUUUAAUCAAUAUUCCAUUGGCUCAAUAGAAGAAGACUGGCAACUGAGCCAGUUUUGGUACAGUGAUGAAACUGCAUCGUGCCUGGCUAAGGAAGCAGUCCUGGCAGCUGGAAAAGGUGGCAGGAUAGCAUGUAUUAGUGCACCAAGUGUGUACCAGAAACUGAAAGAGCAGGAUGGUGAAGAUUUUUCAGUGUGUAUACUGGAGUAUGACAGAAGGUUUUCUGUGUACGGAGAAGAAUUUAUCUUCUAUGAUUACAACCACCCUUUGGACUUACCUGAAAAUCUCCUGCCACACAGUUUUGACAUUGUAAUAGCAGAUCCACCCUAUCUGUCUGAGGAAUGUCUUCAAAAGACUGCAGAGACCAUCAAAUAUCUAACAAAAGGAAAGAUUCUGCUUUGCACAGGUGCAGUCAUGGAGGAACAAGCAGCAAAGCAUCUUGGUGUGAAGAUGUGCAAGUUUAUUCCAAAACACUCACGAAAUUUAGCCAAUGAAUUUCGAUGUUAUGUGAACUAUGCUUCUGGGCUGGACUGAUUCUCCUAAGAUCAUCUAGAAAUCUACAACUUUUUCAGUCAAGCUUCUUAUCAGUUGCACCACAUUUCUCAGAGCUGAAAUAUUCUGAGUACUGUUUUUUGGGAUAGCUGGAAUCAACGUAGUGUGAUAGCCUCUCUCUUUUAAACAAGUAAGCAUUUGCAGUUACUGUGUUUCAUAUUAGGAAAUGCAGACCAAGCAAUGCAGGUGCUGAAUACUGGGAACUUCUCUGUUGGAGUGUCAUUUUAACUGGUAGCUUUUACCAUUUGAGGACAUAUCAGUGACCUCUUUGAAGUGAUUUUAGCUUAUAACAGCACGUGGGUGUUUGCCUUGCAGGCAUCAGAAUCAUCAUUGCCAAAGAACUUGAUACUUCUGUAGUAAUGUGACCCAUACAUGUCCCUUAAAUCUUGAAUCAUAAUGUCUGAUUAAAUAUAGUGCCUGCUUUUUAAUAAUUUCAAUAUCAAACUAAAGAGGAUCUAUGGGUAUGUCAAAUUUAUAGUUAAAA